AUGGCCGGUGCCCGCGAGACGAUCAACCUCGACACCCUCGAGCCGCAGCAGCUCGCGCAGGUCAAGAAGCAGCUCGACGAGGAGCUCGAGCACCUCACCUCGUCCUUUGCGCAGCUCCACGGCGCGCAGAACAAGUUCAGGGACUGCCUGCGCUGCGUCAACAGCCGCUCCGCCGCCACCGCUGCGCAAAACUCGGUCCUCGUUCCCCUGACCAACUCCCUCUACGUCCGCGGCGAGCUCACAGAUACUGAGAGCGUGCUGGUAGACGUCGGCACGGGCUUUCUCGUCGAAAAGAAAUUGAAAUCGGCCGAGCAGUUCUACGACAGCAAGGUGCAGGAGCUCGGAAACAAUCUCAAGGAGCUCGAGGCGAUUGUAUCACAGAAGCAGGCCAACGUGAGGGCCGUGGAGGAAGUAUUACGACAAAAGCUCAUGGCUGCUCAGGGAUCGCAGGCUUAG